CUUCCCCUGUAUAUCAUCAUGGAUGUUAAUUCUGAACCUCUUGACGUGCUCAUCGUGGGCGCCGGUAUCUCCGGCAUCAACGCGGCCUAUCGCGUGCAGUCGCAGUUUCCCAACUAUCGCUACGCCAUCAUCGAGGCUCGUGACACACUCGGUGGCACUUGGGAUCUCUUCAAGUACCCUGGCAUUCGCUCCGACUCAGAUCUCUUCACCUUUGGAUUCUCGUGGUUCCCCUGGGACCGCAGUAAUCCCAUUGCCGAGGGCCCCUCGAUCGUGUCGUAUUUGCACCGGGCCACGGCCAAGCAUGGCAUCGACCAGCACAUCCGGUACCAGCACCGCCUGCUGGGUGCCGACUGGUCCUCGGAGGAACAGCUCUGGUCGCUGGCCGUCGACCAUUAUGGCCAGUCGCGUCCGUUGACGGCGCGCUUCCUCAUCUUUGGCACGGGAUAUUACGACUACACCCAGCCCCUGCAGGCCGACAUCCCCAACCUAUCGCGCUUCACGGGGGAUGUCAUCCACCCGCAGUUCUGGCCCGAGGACCUGGACUACUCCGACAAGAACAUUGUCCUAAUCGGCAGCGGUGCCACAGCGAUCACCCUGCUGCCCAAGCUGGCCGAAAAAGCCGCCCGGGUCACGAUGCUGCAGCGCAGUCCGACGUACAUUCUGUCGCUCCCCAACCGAAACAAAUCGUGGUUGAGCUAUCUGCUGCCCUCGGGCGUCUUCCGCCGUUUCCAACGCUUGAACUGGUUCAUCAGCUCGUGGCUGUUCUACUGCUUUUGCCAGACCUUCCCUGGCGCCGCGCGAUUCCUAUUGCGGCUGUCGGUGACGCGCCAACUGCCCGACUCGGUUCCGUUUUCCCCUCACUUCGAACCGCGGUACGGUCCGUGGGAUCAGCGUCUCUGCGUGUGUCCCGACGGCGACUUCUUCCGCUCGCUGCACACUGGCCAUGCCGAUGUUAAGACCGAUACCAUCCGCACCGUCACCGAGACUGGCGUCGAGCUCACCUCGGGCGAGACCCUUCCGGCCGACCUAAUCGUGACGGCCACGGGCCUGCGUCUUCAGAUCGCGGGCGGCGCCUCUGUCACCGUCGACGGCAUUCCCGUACACCUCCCGGACAAAUACCUCUGGCACGGCAUGAUGGUGCAGGAUAUGCCCAACGCGGCCUUUGUGAUCGGAUAUACCAACGCGUCAUGGACCCUGGGCGCCGAUGCUACUGCGCUGUUCCUGUGCCGGUUGCUAGGCGAGAUGGACCGGCGAAGCGCCCCAUCGGCAGUGCCGCGCUUCCAGGGCGACGAGGCCACGACGGUGCAGCCGCGUCGUCUGCUCAACCUGAACUCGACAUAUAUCACCCGGGCUGCGGACGCAUUGCCGAAGGCCGGCGAUCGGGGGCCGUGGCUGCCACGGGGAAAUUAUCUGCAGGAUGUGUGGUUUGCGCAGCAUGGCGAGUUGACAGGGUUGGAAUUUGCGGGGGGAAAGAAGGACCAGUAGAUCUGUCUUUCUGUUUUUUUUUUUUUCUUUCGAUUCCCAUUCUUUUGUCUGUUAUUUGCAUGUAUCUUUAUGAGUCAGCGUAUAUAAUUAAUCCUCUUUAUC